AUGGCGGCACUCAGGGCUCUGGCGGCGUCCAGGCUGUUGGUGAACCCGGGGUUCGCGCCGCGUCCCGGUCUAUGGCCGCUGCCCUUCGGGGGACCGGCGCCCUCCUCGCGCGCGGCCCUCCAUGCCUCCGCGCCGCGUCCCGGGCCCAGGGUUGCAGUGGUGCUGUCUGGAUGCGGGGUCUACGAUGGAACCGAGCUCCACGAGGCCUCAUCGAUCCUGGUCCACCUGAGCCGCGGGGGGGCCGAAGUCCAGAUCUUCGCCCCUGAUGUCCCUCAGAUGCACGUGAUUGACCACAUCAAGGGACAGCCUUCCGAGGGCGAGACCAGGAACGUUCUGACUGAGUCGGCGAGGAUCGCACGAGGCAAGAUCACCGACCUGGCCAAGCUCACUGCUGUCAACCACGACGCGGCCAUCUUCCCCGGGGGCUUCGGGGCUGCCAAGAACCUGAGCACAUUUGCAGUGGAUGGGGGCACCUGCAAGGUCAACAGAGAUGUGGAGCGCGUGCUGAAGGAGUUCCACCAGGCCGGAAAGCCCAUUGGCUUGUGCUGCAUCGCUCCCGUGCUCGCGGCCAAAGUGCUCAGAGGCGUCGAGGUCACUGUGGGCCAUGAGCAGGAGGAAGGCGGCAAGUGGCCGCACGCCGGGACUGCGGAGGUCAUCAAAGCUCUGGGCGCCAAGCAUUGUGUCAUGGACGCUCACGUGGACCAGAAGAACAAGGUGGUCACGACCCCGGCCUUCAUGUGCGACACCGCCCUCCACCACAUCCAUGACGGCAUCGGCGCCAUGGUGCAGAAAGUGCUGGAGCUCGCUGGCCGCUAA